AUGAGGCUCCUCGUUGUCUGCCUCCUGUGUUUGCUGCUGGACUGCCUGGUGCUGCCUGAAGCUGAAUGCCGAAUCUUUGAGCAAUCCAUGGAAGUCAGAAAUCCAGAUAUUGAUCCUUCCUGGUACACGGGGCGAGGGAUCCGACCCGUGGGACGGUUUGGCAGAAGGAGAGCAGCUGGAGAAAAUGCCCAGAAACCUGGCUACAGGCACCGGCAAGCAUGCUUCCCUAUAGAAGAUAGCAAUGAAUUGCUGCAAGAGGAAUGA